AUGGAUGAUAUAAUAAAUCAAUUAAUAAAAGAUAAUAUAAACAUAUAUGAAUUCUUACAAGUAGAUCCAUCAUCAAUUACAAAUGAUAUUAAAAAAUCAUAUUAUAAAUUAUCUUUAAAAUAUCAUCCUGACAAAAAAACUGGUUCAAUUGAACAAUUUAAUUUAUUAAGAACAAGUUAUGAAAUAUUAUCAAAUGAGGAAUAUAAAAGGAAAUAUGAUGAUUUGAUUAAAAUAAAAUUACAAAAUCAAACUAAUUUUAACAAUUUGAGUGAAACAACAAGGAAAUUUCAAACUGAUAUACUUAAUCAAAAUAAAAAGAAAAGGUCAUCACCUCAAAACUUAGAAUUACUACGAGAAGAUGGUUUAAAUAAACGACGGAAAUUGGAAAAAUCAAAGAAUGAAAAACAAACAUUAUCUAUUUAUGAUUUAUCUGUUGAUUUUAUAAUUUUUUUUGAAAAUAAAAAACAAUAUUUAGUUAAAUUAAAAGUUAAAAUAAAACCAAAGGUUGAAAUUGAUCACAUUAUAAUUACUGAGAUUAUGAGUAUAUUUGGUGAGAUUAAGCAAGUUAGAUUUGAUAGUAAAGAUGAUGAUGAUAGAUAUGAAUAUUUCAUAAUUGAAUUCAAGAAUAAAUCAAGUAUGGAUUCUGCUUUAAAUUAUGAUUAUUCAAGUGGUAAGAAAUGGGAUGGUACUAAUGUUAGAAAAUUAGCAAGUUUAUUAAGACGUUGCAAUAUAGUAAGCUCAAGUACCAGUUAUACAAAUAAUUCAUUUGUUAAUUCAGUUUUAGAAAAUUAUGUCAAAUCCGUAUCUGACAAAAUAUCAACAAAAUGA